CUUUGCUCGGUCAGCUGAGUCGGAGGGGCGUGGCGGAGGACACAUGCUAACGCUAACGCUGCUGUCACAGUCAACUGAGGUUAGCUAGCUGAACACGAGCGGAGCUAACUCCUUGUGGACUGUGUCCCCGGGUAGAAUAGACUUAUUUACACCAGACAAUAUAAACCCAGGACACAUCAGAUGGUUGGUAUCGGUCCGCUGAGGGAACCGGAGCUGAGCAUGUGAAGGGAGCCGCGAGCAGAGCGAGUCAGGCCCGCAGAGCUGGGAGUGAGUCUCCUUCGUCCUCUCUGGAGCAUACAUGGUUCACACUGAGGCCGGACACCAUGCGCAAAGACGUGAGGAUCUUAUUGGUGGGAGAGUCCAAGGUGGGGAAGACGUCUCUCAUCAUGUCCCUGGUCAGCGAGGAGUUCCCACAUGUGGUGCCCUACCGAGCUGAGGAAAUCACCAUACCUGCAGAUGUCACACCAGAGAGAGUUCCCACGCACAUCGUGGACUAUUCAGAGGCAGAGCAGACUGACGAGCAGCUGUUUCAGGAGAUCUCUAAGGCAAAUGUCAUUUGCAUUGUCUACUCUGUCAACAACAAGAAGUCCAUAGAAAAGGUGACCAGCCACUGGAUCCCUCUCAUUCUUGAGAACACGGACAAGGACAGCAGGGUUCCUCUGAUCCUGGUGGGGAACAAGUCGGACCUGGUGGAACACAGCAGCAUGGAGACCAUACUGCCCAUAAUGAACCAGUACAGUGAGAUAGAGACUUGUGUUGAGUGUUCUGCAAAAAACCUGAAGAACAUCUCAGAGCUGUUCUACUACGCCCAAAAAGCCGUUCUGCACCCCACCGGCCCCCUCUACUGUCCGGAGAAGAAAGACAUGAAGCUGCUUUGUGUGAAAGCUCUGACCCGAAUCUUCAAAGUGUCGGAUCUCGACAAUGAUGGGAUUCUUAAUGAUAUUGAGCUCAACUUCUUCCAGCGGACAUGUUUCAACACCCCACUCGAGCCUCAGGCGUUAGAGGAUGUAAAAAAUGUAGUGAGGAAGAAUUUAAGCGAUGGAGUUUGUGAUAACGGACUCAGUCUGAAAGGCUUCCUGUUCCUGCACACCCUGUUCAUUCAGCGAGGUCGUCAUGAAACAACCUGGACGGUGCUGAGGAGGUUCGGAUAUGACGAUGACCUGGAGUUAAAUCAGGACUACCUCUUCCCACCGUUGAAAGUUCCUAUAGACUGCACCACAGAGCUCAACCACAAUGCCUACCUCUUCCUCCAGAGCGUCUUUGACAAACAUGAUAAGGACCGAGACUGUGCCUUGUCACCAGAUGAGCUGAGGGACCUGUUUGAGGUUUUUCCCUACAUGCCCUGGGGUGCUGAUGUCAGCAACACAGUUUGCACUAAUGACAACGGCUGGAUCACCUACCAGGGAUAUCUCUCCCAGUGGACGCUGACGACAUAUCUGGACGUCCAGCGAUGCCUGGAGUAUUUGGGUUAUCUUGGUUACUCUAUUGUUGCUGAGCAGGAGUCGCAGGCAUCAGGGAUUACAGUGACCAGAGAUAAGAAGAUUGACCUGCAGAAGAAGCAGACCCAGCGCGGCGUCUUCCGCUGUAACGUCUUCGGAGACAUUGGCAGCGGCAAGAGCGGUUUCCUCCAGGCUUUCCUGGGUAGAAACCUCACGCGCCAAAAGACCAUUCGAGAGGAACACAGAUCCUACUACGCCAUCAGCACAACAUAUGUUUACGGUCAGGAGAAAUACCUUCUGCUUCAUGAAGUGUUCCCUGACUUCGACUAUUUGUCCGACGCUGAUAUGGCCUGUGACAUAGUCUGCCUGGUGUAUGAUGUCAGUAACCCUUACUCCUUCGAAUACUGCGCCAAAGUCUUCAAGCAAUACUUCAUGGACAGUAAGACUCCGUGUAUGAUGAUUGCAACCAAGUCUGACCUGCCUGAGAUCAAACAGAUGUAUGGCUGCACUCCCCUGGAGUUCUGCAGGAAGCACAAGAUGCCGCCUCCCCAGUCCUUCACCUGCAGCACAGCAGCAGCACCCAACAAAGACAUCUACACCAAACUAACCACCAUGGCCAUGUACCCCCACGCCCGGCUGCGCUGCAUGUGCACUUGUAACCGGUGCACCUUCUGCCUGUGUCACAACUUCCUCAACUCUGAGCUGCUCCAGACGGUCAGGGCCAAGCUCUACGCUGUCGUACUUAGAAGACAUGUCACUCAAGCAGACCUGAAGAGCUCCACCUUCUGGCUCCGGGCGAGCGUCGGGGCCACGGUGUUUGCGUUGCUGGGCUUAACCAUGUACAGAGUGCUGCUCAAAUCACGAUGAUUAUUUCCAUCUUUACCCAUGAUACAUGGCUACAUACACCCUAGUUUGACCAGUCACAACCUUAGCUUUUCCUGUUUCCAUGGAAAGCCUGUCAUUGUUUCAUAAUUUAAUCGAACAAAGUAAUUUGUUUUUGCUUGAGAAAGAAAAAAAAAAAACAUUUGCAAAAUGACCUUAGCAAACACUCUUUUUUUUUUUUUCCUGUUUUCAUUCCACUGUUAUUUUCCCUUCUUGAAGAUUAUUGAAAAAAUAAUUUGUACAAAAACUGUUAAUUUGCUCAAUCUGUCUGUCUGCAAUUAAAUGCAUUUGCAAAGUAAAGUAAUGAUUUAUAUUUAUAUUUAAAAAAAAUAACGUAAGCUGCUGAUGAGCCAUAGUGAGAUAACAUAUAGCUAUUUUUUUGGUUGCUUGCUGAUUUGGAAUGAUGAACUUGAAUUGGGGAUUAAGGUGUGUGAGGUAUGCAAUAGAGGCAAUGCUUUUAUUAGACUGAACAAGAUGUAAAUAAUGUAUAUGACAUAGUAUAUUGUACAUUUGCUUGUCCAAAAAGGCCACGUGUGACUCCCACCAACAGCCAGGUCAUUGACUUGCACAAACGUUAGCAGCUAUCACUUAUUUCGACAGAACAUUGGUUUGUGUUUCAUGGCCACGCGCUCUGAGGCACAUUUUUUAUUUCCUGUGUUUGCACAUCUGAGCAUGUCAGUUUGUCAUUAGUGGAUGAGUGUGUGGAAUGAAAGCUCUCUCUCUCUCUCUCUCUCUCUUUCUCUCUCCUUCACGCGUUGAUCACUCCAACAGCUUGUGCGAGUGCAUUUACUCUGCAGCCAACCUGUACAUUUUGUGUUAGCAUGCAAUUUCCGAGCACAUUCAAGUAUUUUAAGUUUUCCUUUACAAGAAAUGGCCAUGCCAACUUGUCUGCAUUGCUUGCCGAAUACUCCAGGGUUGUAUGUGUGUUUACUGACAGGAGUACAGUCGAGUCUUGCUGUGAUUCCUGUUCAUCUCUCCUGGUCACAGAAGAUGCAAUAAUGUGGCAUGACACAAGGUUCAGUUUGAUGUAUUUACUCCACCCUGCCUUUCCAAAUGUUUACAAUCAAUAAAUGUCUGUUACAUCUG